AUCAAAGAUUAAGGGGAUGUAUUGGAUUAAGAUUUUAUGAGAUUUUAAAAGACUUUUUAAUUAUGAAAAAGACUUUUUGUCUAUAAAAUUUGGAGUUAAUUACAUUUAUAAAGUGUAACUUUACCGUUUGAUCUGAUAAACUUUUAUGCUGCUUUAGGAAGAAAAAAAAGUACAAAUUUUCAUGCGACAUAUGUGACUUUAUUAAAUACGUUCGACUUUAUUCUCAUGAGGUUAGCUCAGUUGGUAUGGACAAUUGAUAAUAUAUUAAGGUCCAGGAUCCAAACCUCAACCACCACAAAAAAAAUACAUACGACUUUCUUUCUUACAAUGGCUACGCUACUAUGCCUACAUACUCUAUCUAUAUAAGAGAAAACACAAGAAACCAUCUUCAACAUUACUGAUUUAUCAACUCUAACAAACAGAAAAAUCAUCACCAUGGGAGAGGUAGACCCAACUUUCGUUCAAGAGCUAGAACACAGACCAAAACUCUCCCUCAUAGAAGCCAAAGGUAUUCCAGAAAUUGAUCUCUCUCCAAUAUUCCACAAUGAAGUUCCAAAUCCAUCUGCUAUUGAAAGCUUAGUCAAGGAGAUUGGAAGUGCAUGCAAAGCGUGGGGAUUCUUUAAAGUCACAAACCAUGGAGUCCCUUUGAGUCUCAGGCAGAGGCUUGAUGAAGCUGCUAGAUUGUUCUUUGCUCAGAGUUUGGAGGAGAAGAAGAAGGUUGCUAGAGAUGAGAUCAUUCCAACUGGUUAUUAUGACACUGAACUCACCAAGAAUGUUAGAGACAUGAAAGAAGUGUUUGAUUUUUACACCAAUGACCCUUUCUUUCCUCUCACUCCUCAUGAAAAUGAUGAUCGAGUUAUUCAAUGGUGUAAUCCAACACCUCCAUACCCUUCAAACUUCAGAGUUAUAAUUGAAGAGUAUAUCGAAGAGAUGGAAAAGCUGGCCCGUAAGUUAUUGGAGCUUAUAGCUUUAAGCUUAGGACUUGAAGCAAAGAGGUUUGAAGAAUUCUUCAAGUAUCAAACUAGCUUUAUAAGAUUCAACUACUAUCCUCCAUGCCCUUACCCUCACCUAGCUCUUGGCCUUGGAAGACACAAGGAUGCUGGUGCCUUGACUAUUCUUACCCUAAAUGAGGUUGAAGGUCUUGAAGUGAAGCGUAAAACAGAUCAACAACGGGUUCUUGUAAAACCUACCCGAGAUCCGUAUAUUAUCAACAUUGGCGGUAUUAUUCAGGUUUGGAGUAAUGAUGCCAAUGAGAGUGUGGAGCACAGAGCAUUGGUGAACAAGGAGAAAGAAAGAUUUUCUAUUCCAUUCUUUUUCAACCCAGGAUAUGAUAUUGAAAUCAAGCCUUUGGAGGAGCUUAUUAACGAGCAAAACCCUUCAAAAUAUAAGCCUUAUAAAUGGGGUAAAUUUUAUGUCCAUAGAACAAACAGUAACUUCAAGAAACAAGAAGAGGAGAAUCUUCAAAUUUAUCAUUAUAUAAGCUACCUUAGAGAAAGAUAUUUUAAUAAAUGUAUGACUUAGCUCAUGUAAACAACCAAAGAUUGAUCGGUGUUUCUAAAAUGAGCAACUGGCUACAAUCAAAUUUGUAUUAGAAUUACUGGGUGCAUUAUGUAUGCAAUUUAUCUCAUAAUAAAAGACAAUAAAGUUAAUACCGUUCAUUA